AUGGUCCACGUCGAUAUGCCGCUUACGGUCGCGCUGGCCGCGUGCCUCGUGGCUGCCGCGGCGGCCGCCGAGACGGUCGACUUUGUCAACAAGUGCACGUUCCCCAUCGAGCUCUACCACAGCCAAAAGGGCUCUGCGGUGGCCAAAGUCACCGACAUUGCCAUUGGCGCGACCUUCACGACGCAAGUGUCGGGGCCCGCGCACAUGUACCGCCACUCGGCGAGUCCGUCGUCGACGCUGAUUGAAAUGGCGUGCGACGACUGGUUCUGGUACGACAUUAGCACCAUCCCGCCCAUGCCCGCGUGGUGCGCGAGCUUCGAAGAGUGCCGCGCGGGCGGCACCAAGACGGGCUUCAACGUGCCCGUGUCGGUCGUGCCCAAGGCCAACCUCGGCAAAGGCACGUGCGCGGCGCUCGAGUGCGCGGCGGACGACAAGAUCGCGUGCGCCGACGCGUACCACUUCCCCAAGGACGACAUCAAGACGCACAGCUGUCCGCUCAACUCGGGACUCGUCGUGACCUUUUGCUUCGCCAACGGGGACAAUGCCGACCAAGGGGCGCCGUCGGGGUACAAGACGGGCUUCACGCAGAACAUUCCCGACCAGGACAACUCCCCCGAGCAGUCGACGGGGACGCUGCUGCCGGACCCGACCGCUGUGCUGAAUGCAACGGUCGUGCUGUCCACCGGACCGCUGGGGCUGACCAAGACCGACGACAGCGCCGACAGCGACGACACAAAGCAGCAGCAGCAGCAGCAGCAAACGCCGGACCAAGAGACGCCGGACCAAGAGACGCCGGACCAGGAGAGCCCGGGCAAACAAGGCUUUGCCCCGGCGGCCGGGGGCGACCUCGGCGAGGUCAAAGUCACGUACUCGUACGAGGGCAAGUACGCGGGCAACGUCCCGGGAUCGUACGACCGCGUAGCCGACUUGACGCAGUGCGUCAAGGAGCCCGUGAGUGUCCACACGCCCGUGGGGCCUCUGUCCGAGCCCGUGUCGCUCAUCUUUCGCGGUCCCAUGGAGAUCAAUAACAUUGCCGUGUUCUCGGCGGCCGGGGACAAUGGCACGUGGUCCCGCGUGUCGUCGUACUCGCGCGAGACUGGUGCAGUCGAGAACAUGGUGUUUCUGAACAACAUGAACCCGGACUUUUCGGGCAAGGGCGGCCACGGACCGCAGGGGUACGCGUCGGAAGACGGCAAGACACUAGCGGACGGGCCCACGGUGUUCUCCGGUGUGCUCGCCGAGGCGUCGGACCCGUCAAAGGUCGGCGGGGGCCCUGGCGUCGCCACGGGCGCAGAGGUCAACAUCAUGACGGCCAAGAAGUGCACCGAAGGCGAGUGCCUUGGCUACUUUGGAGACAAUGACUACCUUGGCUGGGGUGGCGGCAAGAAGGCGUUCGUGACAGAGGUCAAGAUGCCCAAGGGCGCCGUGCCGGACCAGCCGGCCAUCUGGAUGCUCAAUGCUCAGGUGAUGCAGUCGAACCAGUACGCGUGCAACUGCCGUGGCAUGGGCCCCGUGGGCGGAUGUGGCGAGCUCGACAUUGCCGAAGUGAUUGAGACGAACCCUGCGCGGGACAUGGUGACGACACACUACUACUUCUACGACGGCUCGAUCUUGAGCCAGAAGGGCGACAACUUUGCGCCGCGUUCGUACGACUCGACGACGGUCUACGUGACGCUCAUCGACGACUCGAACGACGGCCUCGUGAAGAUUGUCGAGCUCGCGAGCUUUGACUUUACGAUGACCGAGUUGGGGUCGCUGUACCAGCAGCUGGUCGACUGCUAA